AUGGAUUUGUGGUGUGCAUUAGUAUUGUACGGAGUACAUGAAGUUACCAUUCGAGUUCAUGAUCCAGCCUUCUGUGGGAGGAGAGCUUGCGGUGGAAGUGUGAGCAAAGAUUCUUGGUGUGUCUUUUCUGUGUUUGCGAGAAUGUUGUUUCUAGUCAAUAUUAGAAGAAGAUCAUCCAGCAUUGAAAUCCCAGGUAAGCUUCUUCAUCGAGUUGUUGAUAUCUCACAUACUUUCUCUACCAUUGCUGAGUGCACGUCAAAGACGACACUACCUACCGAUCUACCUAGGCAGGUAUCCCGUAUUCACUGA